ACCGGCUGCGCGGGAGCCCUGAGCAGCUGCCCCCCUCCCCGCGGGCAGCCUCUGGGGGUCGGGGUCCAAAGUCUGGGCAUCUGAGAAAACCAGGGCAGGAACCCUACUGGACUCUUUCGGAACCCCGGAACGACCUGAGACCUGAGCUACCUCCUCUCUGCUCUGCCUGCCCCCCCAGGACUGGGCAGUUGCCAGAGGCCCUGGGGGGGCUCAGGACUGUGGUUGUGCCCCCCCCACCUCUCAGGAUGGGCCCAAGUUAGUUAACCCAUCCUCACUCAGUGUCCUCCAGGCCCAGAGGGGGCCCCAGGGGCUCUGAAGGCUUGACCUGCCACCUGGCCACCAUGGAGACGAAGCUGCCCCCUGCGAGCACCCCCACCAGCCCCUCAUCCCCGGGGCUGUCGCCUGUGCCCCCACCUGACAAGGUGGACGGCUUCUCCCGCCGCUCCCUCCGCAGGGCGCGGCCCCGGCGGUCCCACAGCUCCUCUCAGUUUCGCUAUCAGAGCAACCAGCAAGAGCUCACUCCGCUGCCCCUGCUGAAAGAUGUGCCAGCUUCGGAGCUGCACGAGCUGCUGAGCCGGAAGCUGGCCCAGUGCGGGGUUAUGUUUGACUUCCUGGACUGUGUGGCGGACCUGAAGGGGAAAGAGGUGAAGCGGGCAGCGCUCAACGAGCUGGUGGAGUGUGUGGGGAGCACCCGGGGGGUGCUCAUCGAGCCUGUCUAUCCUGACAUCAUCCGCAUGAUCUCAGUGAAUAUCUUCCGGACCCUCCCGCCCAGCGACAGCCCUGAAUUUGACCCAGAAGAGGAUGAGCCCAACCUCGAGCCUUCCUGGCCACACCUGCAGCUGGUCUAUGAGUUUUUCCUGCGUUUCCUGGAGAGCCCUGACUUCCAGCCCUCUGUGGCCAAGAGAUAUGUGGAUCAAAAGUUUGUCCUGAUGCUCCUGGAGCUCUUCGAUAGCGAGGACCCCCGGGAACGGGAAUACCUCAAGACCAUCCUGCACCGGGUCUACGGCAAGUUCCUGGGGCUCCGGGCCUACAUCCGCAAGCAGUGCAGCCACAUCUUCCUCCGCUUCAUCUAUGAGCUGGAGCACUUCAACGGCGUGGCGGAGCUGCUGGAGAUCUUGGGAAGCAUCAUCAACGGCUUUGCGCUGCCCCUGAAGACAGAGCACAAGCAGUUCCUGGUGCGGGUGCUGAUCCCCCUGCACUCCGUCAAGUCUCUCUCAGUCUUUCACGCCCAGCUGGCGUACUGCGUGGUGCAGUUCCUUGAGAAGGACGCCACCCUGACGGAGCACGUGAUCCGGGGGCUGCUCAAAUACUGGCCCAAAACCUGCACCCAGAAGGAGGUGAUGUUUCUGGGGGAGAUGGAAGAGAUUCUUGAUGUCAUCGAGCCCUCCCAAUUCGUGAAGAUCCAGGAGCCCCUGUUCAAGCAGGUGGCUCGAUGUGUGUCCAGCCCCCACUUCCAGGUUGCAGAGCGGGCUCUGUAUUUCUGGAACAACGAGUAUAUCCUGAGCCUCAUUGAGGACAACUGCCACACUGUGCUGCCUGCUGUGUUUGGGACCCUCUACCAGGUCUCCAAGGAGCACUGGAAUCAAACCAUCGUGUCUCUGAUCUACAACGUGCUCAAGACCUUCAUGGAGAUGAACGGGAAGCUGUUCGACGAGCUCACGGCCUCCUAUAAGCUGGAAAAGCAGCAGGAGCAGCAGAAGGCCCAGGAGAGACAGGAGCUGUGGCAGGGCCUGGAGGAGCUGCGGCUGCGCCGGUUACAGGGGACCCAGGGGCCCAAGGAGGCCCCCGUCCAACGGCUUACACCCCAGGUGGCUGCCAGUGGGGGUCAGAGCUAGGGACCCCCCAAAAGGGAGGCGCUAACCCGGAACUGUCAGUCCCUCCCUCCCCUCUCCCGCCCAGGGGCCUUGCCAGGGUGGGUCGCAGGGCUCCCUGCCUGGCCAGCGCGGGCGGCUUGCGCGGGGGGAGAGGAGAGGAGCUGGAGGUCCUGGCAACCGAACUCGCAGGCCCUCGCGGCAGGACUUGAACAGGGCCAGCCGGGCCAGGAAGCUGCCAGCGGGGGUCUGUCCCGUCCUGCAGGGCUGGGCUCCAGACUGCAGGCGGUUCCCACCCCUGCUCCCGGCCUUAGGGUGAGGGGACUCUGCCCCUUGCCCGCCCCACCUCGUGCCAGCGCGAGGUCCUUCCUCACCCCACCAUGGGAUCCAUGGUCUAUUUAUUCUCCCCAGCUCACCCCAACACAGAUGCUGGCCUGGGCCUGGGGCACCCUCCUUCCCUCCUCUCUGGCCUUCCUUGUCCCCUUUUUAUUUAUUGGGCAGGGGGAGGGGUGAGGGCACAGGCAGAAGAGAUUCCCCGUGUCCCGGGCAAGGGGGGGUCGCAGUACCCAUGGUCUAGCCCCCUUCCCCUGGCUGGGGGCAGACUUAAUAAACUGAGAAACUCCAGAACCGCUUGCUUUAUUUAGGGGGGGGACA